AAAGAAGUAUUUUAUCGAUGUAUGAACUAAUAUUUAAAUUCAGUGAAAAGAAAUGGAGAAUGUGAAUGAAAUUGUGCUUGAAUCCGGUCUUGUUAUACUAUCAGGAGGGUGGAGCAAGUCUGGUUUCCCGCUGAUCACGUUUGAACCAGACGCUGCAGAUUUCCUGGUCAUUUACAUAGACGGCGACUUACUGCAGAGGUAGGUGCAAGUACGGUUCUCCACUGAUAACGUUUCCACCAGACGCUGCAGACCUCUUGGACAUUUACCUAGCGCGUGACGUGCUGCAGUACUUACAGGUUCUUGUCGAGAUGGUCCGUGGCGAGAAGGUGUCUGUUGUUGCAGAUAUCACUUCUGAUUGGCCAGAGGAGUGCAUCAACAAACUAGCCGAUUUGUUGAACGAACUGCAGGCCAGCGUAAGUGGAUGCAUAAAGGCCGUUUACCUAGUCAAACCGAGGGGGAAGGAACUAUUUAGCAAUGGGUUGUCAGUGUUCAGACCUUCAGGAAGUUCAACUUUACAACAUGAAAUAAUCCGUGUUGACUCCCGAAAGGAACUGUACAAUUUCAUCGACAGGGAGCAGCUUACUGUGGACUAUGGUGGUUCUUUCAAAUACAACCACAGGGCAGCUAUUGAAUUUUACAAGACGUAUAUACCGGUUUUGAAAAUGGCUGGUGGUUUGUUGUACAGCCUAGCAAAUCUUGUUUACACCCUACAGACUCUGCAAGUAGAUUUUGCCACUCUUCAAGAAUUUGAUGAGUCAAGAGUAGAAGAUAAAGUGUUUAAAUUUAAUAAUGUCAUCAGUGACCUCGAAAUUGAAAAGAAAAUAGAAGACUACCAGGAAACAUUAGAAAAAUUAGAACACCCAGACUUCGAUCCAAUUCUUAUGAAAAUAGACAAACAGGUAAUCUUGCAAUCAGCGAAGGAGCUUUCAAUUAACUGUGAAAGACUACAGCAAGUUAACAUAAUGGUUGGAGAAAAGUUUGAUCACGUUCAAAAGAUGGCUGGAAAGUUCGGCCUUUUGAAAGACUGCCAUGAUAAUACUAAUGAGGUUUUGGAAACGAUUGAUCUGUUGGUUCAGCAGACUGAAAAUUUAACGAUAAAUGGUUCGAAUGCUAGCGAAGCAUACUCACUAAGGCAACAAUUUGUAACAGAUAUUCUUGGACCGACAAAGGAAAUUAUGGACUGUUCAGCAUCAAUUCUAGAAGAUUUAGCAAUCGAUUCAAAUAAAUCAGAACACUUAUAUGCUAUUGCAAAAGACAUUUCCAAUAAUCUGACAGAAAACUUGCAUCCAUUUACGGACAAAAUCAAUAAACUGAACGAAUUAUAUACUCGGAUACACCUGUUCCACGUCAUUUUUGAAAAGACUAACCGCUGGGGAAAGAAAGUGACUAAAUUUCUUAACAAUGCCUUCUCAUGUCUACAACAUGAAGAUAUUCAGUGCUAUUUUGUUGUUCUUCCCAGUAAUUGGGAGACCCUUUUGCAAGUAUUUUACCAUAAACAUCCACCGCCACUGAGAACGCAUUUGCACCUACUGGACCAAUUUGUUCCCGAAGGUAUACACAUUGAUCACAGAAUACAAGCUGAAACUCUUGCGGAAAGGGUUUCGUUUAUUUUGCACAUGCUUGAAAAAGACAAUAUCAAGAAGGAAGACAUUGUUACUAUCAAAAGCUGGGCAUUAGGCGACACUAUGACAUCGUUGGAAGUUUCUCUUGUUUGAUGUAAAAGACUCACAAAAGUUCCACAAAUUAAAUGCUAUAUUUAUGUUCUUCAUAUUAUGAUGGUUUGCAGUUUCACAAAAGGUUACAAACAAAACAACUAGGAAAAUCCACACAGACUUAAAAUUACA